AUGGCCCCGGCACCGCCACCGCUGCCAACACGUUUCCCGUGUUGGGUUCGGGCAGUGUAUUCAUGGGGAGGAGAGUCCAAACGAGACCUCGGGUUUGUCGAAGGUGAUCUGAUCGAAUGUCUUAACGCCGGCGAUGGCUCAUGGUGGACGGGCAGAUUGUGGCGGGAUAGGAGAGCAAUUGGGUUGUUUCCAUCCAACUUCGUCGAGGUGCUGCCAGAAAACUUCCGCCCAACCAGCAGAUCCAUCAGCCCCUUACCCGGCAGCACCACGCCCAGCCCGAGAAAUAGCCCUCAGAAAUCCAAAACUUUCCGCAAGCCCUACGAGGCCUAUUCCAAAGCCCCGCACUACACGACAGCCAAGACCCCAGAGACAUUCAAGGAUGGCGCAGUCCGGCCGCGCGAGGCUUCGGCGAGCCCCUCUGCCAAUGCCAGCCCAGCUCACAGCACGCAUCUCGGGCGAGACAUAUCCCCUUCGCAAACCCCAAGUGUGCUGCUGGCUGGGAGAGAUCCAUCUCCUGCAAGGCUUCCUGGUGGGAUGAUGUCGCGGGAUGCGUCGCCAUCACGCGCUCCUACCCCUUCGAGAGUUCCUAGUGCUAGCUCCAGGGGGCCGUCGCCAGCACCAUCCUACGUACCAUACCGGCCGCCUCAACCUCGUCAACACGCGUACCACCUAAGCCUCGACAGGACAGAAUCCUAUAGUCAAAGCCACCCUGCAGGAGAUUCUCCCCCUCCUCCGCCACCGCCGCACAGAUCAAAUGUUCCAAGGCACGGUUCCCACAUGUCUUAUGACGAGGGGUACUAUGGUGGACUGUCUAAGGAACACUCGGUACUAUCGAGAGAGCGCUCCAAUGCGUCGUACGAGCACAGAUCGAGGCAGAACUCGAACGCGUCGUACAUACCUUAUGAUCCCUCCAAGGCCUCGGGCUAUCACACUCCUAGGGUACCGUCUCCGUGCCCUCCAUCCCCUGGAGGAGUUGACGGCCUGACACCGUCCCCUCUAAGAGAGGCCAUGGAUGACGUGAUGGAGCAACUCGAUGCGCUAGGCGCUGGCAGAGAAGCCGAGUCUCCGGAGCCCGCUUUGGACCCUUGGUCCCCAGAAUCCUUUGAUAUGGUACAUCAGCAGUCGAGAAAGAAGCGAGACCAGCAUAACCGUCCCCAGACAUCCAUGGGCAUACCGCACCAGGUCGACGAGGGCUACGAAACGUAUCCUGGCAGCGCUCAAUCAUCCCAAGAGCCGACUCACCACGGCAGCUACCAAGAGCAGCCCCUGCCGCAGCUCAGCAACUACGUCGAGAGAAUGGAGACGAGGCUCAGAAACAUGCACAAGCAAAAUGCGAGUAUGGUGGGUGUGAGCGAAGGUCCGACUCCGCCGCCAAAGGGUCAACUAUUCGACAGACCAAAGUCCUCCAUGGACAUCCACGCCCAGCCAGAGCAGAAACUCCGUCAGAAAAAAUCGGCCUACGAAAUCAGCCGACAGGUUCUGAACAGGACCUUCACCACCAAAACCAACUCGACAAACAGCUCAUCGGGAACCCAGAGCACCGAGCGGAGCUUGAUGAGUGGCGUCUCGGCUGGUGGCAUCAGUGCAACGAGCGCUGGGAGUCUCGCAAGGAAAAACCGGAGUCGGGCGCAAAGCGCCCUGGGUAUGCGAGAUCUGGAAUCGGAUCGCCCAGAGACACCCUUUACCGGUGUUACAUACCACAGCAGCCAUGCUUCGGGCGAGCAACGGUCCAAGUCGCAAAUUGGAUUUCACGACGACGCCAUGCCAGGACUGGGUGGCCUCGUCCAACCCAAACCCAAGAAGCAAAACUUCAUCAAGAGGAUCCUCGAGUCUGCCAAGACCGGCGUUGCGAGCACUAGGGGCAGCAUAGCCGCUGCAGGGGCCGGAUCUCUCCAGGCGGCCGCUUCAAACCGCUCCACCCCUGCUCUUCCGUCUCUUUCCGGAACAUCCAUUUCUAUCAAGAAGGGGCGCGAGCCUGCAAAGGAGAUGGGACUUGGCGCGGCCGUAGACUGGGUCCAGGUCCGGCGGGAUGUGAACCGCUCUAACUCGCUGAGCCAGAAUGAGCGAGUCGAGAGAAAGGAAAGGUGCCAGAUGCUCGACUACCCGGCCCUCGACCCUGUGGACGAGCUGUACAACGGCAUCGAUGGAGACGAAGGAGCCGAUGGCAUGCCCGUGACUGAGCCGAUAAACUUCGCAGCCAUUAACCUCAGCCAGGUAGACAAGAACUCGCGCUUCCUCGCUAACCUCCCGCCAACCACGACAGUAAUAACGCUGGCCACCACGUACGUCUGCCGACCGUACCGCAGCGACGUCCAGCGUCUCCGCGCAAUCUUCACUUGGGUUUCCGAGAAGAUCUGCUGGGAAGAGGAUUUCGACGGGCCCACGGAUACGCGGCGGGUCAUUCAGACGAAGCGGGCAUGUGCUGAGGAGUACGCAACUCUAGUGCUGGAGAUGUGCGCUGCAGUUGGCCUCACCUGCGAGAUUGUCCGCGGGUACUUGAAAACUCCGGGAGAGAUUCCCGAUGUCAAUGUCAUGCCCCGGUCUAACCACUGGUGGAAUGCCGUGUUGGUCGACAACGAAUGGCGGAUAAUGGACUGCUGCCUCGCCAGCCCGUCUAACCCUCGACGGGCUCUCUAUUCCAGCGCGAGCAGCUCGAGUGCCGACCCCUGGUGGUUCCUAGCUCGUCCGACCGAGAUUUGCUGGACGCAUAUCCCGGAGCACCACGCACAGCAGCACAUCUGCCCGCCGGUUGCUCAUGAAGUCCUUCUCAAUCUUCCCUGCGCCUGUGCACCGUUCUUCAAGAACGGAUUGCAGAUGGUUGACUAUGACACGUCGCUCACUCGAAUCGAGGACCUGGAGAUGGUGCACAUAAAGUUCAAUGUACCCGCUGAUGUCGAAGUGGCCGCCGAGGUUGAGGUGCGCGGCUACUCGCGGGACUCGGACGGUGAUUUCUUCGAAUCCGGGGAGACGAUCAAGAAGCGCGCUCUUGCCCAAGCCGAAUGGUUUGCCGGCGUCAAGCGCUACACGGUCAAGGCCUUGCUGCCCGGCGACGAAGGAACUGGCGUGCUCAAGGUCUACGCCGGCAAGCGGGGGCUUAUGCACAGCAUCAAGGACAUUCCGCACCCGCUCGCGUUUGCUCUUCCCAUCAUCCACACCGGCGAGAACCCGCCGUACGAGUUUGUGACGCGGCACCCGACACCGCACGCACAGCGUCACGACAUCUAUGUCGUCCAGCCGCAGUGCCAGCGUCUCGCGCUCAACAACACCUUCGUGUUUGCCAUCCGCCAGCACCCAAGCUCGGUCGCUAACAACCCCAUGGCCCCGUCAUCCAACCCCGGCGGUACCAGCCCCAUUCCGUUUGCGCGGCCCAGCAGUGCGAUGAGCAUGACGAGUAGCGCGGCCGGCUCAAACCCGAGCACGGCUGCUACUUCGGUUAGCACCUCCAGCGCCAGCGGCAAUUCCCGGAAACCGGCUAAGCUGGCCAUCCAAACGCCGGGCGGCAAGAUCCUCAGGCUGAUGCGCAAGGAGGAGAGGCGCGGAAUUGGAGGCGUCCUCAGCGGGAAGGCCUCCCAAUCAGGCAUCAACCUCCUCGGCGAGGAAGAGGCCGGUGAUGGCGGCGUGUGGGAGACAAUCAUCAAGUGCUCCCAACGAGGCGUCUGGCGGGGGCUGGUGUUGGCCGACCGGACCGCGAGGUGGUGUGUCUUUGCCGAGUGGGUUUGUGAAGGAUAA